UCUCAUUAUAAGCAGCACUACCACAAUUCCUUAAAAAUCUGGUCAAAGUGCUCUAGAUCAUUGUGAGACGACAUCAAACCCCGAUUAGCUCAGAAUAGGGAAGCCAAGGCAGAAAAACAAUAUCUAGAGGGAAUAUUCAGCUGCCCGAAACCUUGAUAGCUAUUCAUGUCUUGUUGGUUUUGUUUGACUCUAUCUCAUUAUCCGAAAUAUCCCAAAAUUUUCCCCAAACUCUCUCUAUCACAAAGAUCCAACUCAACACAAUGGCAACCAAAACUACAAUGAGGGGCGCAACCGUAGUCGAGUACAACAAACCUCUCGUGAUCAGAGACGAUCUGCCAAUCCUCAAACCAGGUGCCAACCAGAUCUUGGUCAAGAACAGCUGCUGCUCGCUCUGCAUGUCCGACAUUUCCGGUAUCCAGGGACACGUCGGCGGAGCCCUCCCGUAUUGCCCUGGUCACGAACCUGUCGGCACGGUCGCAGAGCUAGGAGAGGGCGUAAGAGGGUUUGCCGUUGGGGACAGAGUCGGUUUCAUGCCAGCGAGCAAUACUUGCCUGGACUGCAGCGAAUGCCUGAGCGGGCAGCAUCGAUUCUGCUCUGGCAAAACGGCUGUCGGCUUUAACGGUAUGCAGGGUGGCUUUACAGAAUAUUGUGUCGCGGAUCCGCUUUCUACGGUCAAAAUUCCAGACGGGCUGCCGGACGAGAGUGCUGCACCGCUUCUGUGCGCUGGUGUAACAGCAUAUGGUGCCCUGAAGAAGGUCUCCCAGUUCCAGACCGGAGGCACGCUGCUCAACAUCGUUGGAAGCGGGGGUGUUGGUCACCUUGCGAUCAUGUACGCCAAGGCCAUGGGCUACCGGGUCCACGCUUUUGAUAUUGCGAACGACAAGCUGCAACUGGCGAAAGACUCGGGAGCUGAGGAGGUCUUCAACUCGAUGACCGGUGACGCAGCCACGUUCGAGAAGACACUCUGCACAGUCGUGGUCAGCGGCGCAGCUCCAGCCUACGAUCUGGCCUUCAAGAUUACGGCAAAACAUGGAAAGGUUAUUGCCAUUGGUGCGCCAAACGGCCCUGUAGCUGUUAACAUUUUGAACAUGAUCCUGAACGACCUCUCCCUCAUUGCUACGAACCAGGGUACGAAGGACGAUUUGAGCAAGUCACUCACCUUGGCUGCUUCGGCAGGUAUCAAACCAGUGUACCAAUUGCGCGACAUUAGCCAGAUCAACGAAGGGGUUGAGGACAUGAUGAAAGGCAAAGUUAAUGGCCGCUUGGUGUACAAGUUUUGAGAUUUAUCAGUGUCACGCUCUACCUUUGAUCGAUGAUGAUGAUGAUGAUGAUGAUGAUGAUGAUGGAGAUACGAGGAUAAGUGUUCUGCUACUGUAGGAGGUUUGUAUGGUUUGUGCAUGGCGAAAGCAAGAAGAGGAGUGAAGCUGAGGAGCAAAUGUUCGGUAUCUUAUCAACGUCAAUCAAUCCCGUGGUUCCCUUGUAUCCCCCUCCUGCUGGUAGUAUGUCGUAUAUGUGUAUAUACAAG